UCGUGUUUAUUCAGAACAUCGACGAAGUAGAAGGGUGUUAUCACACUUGGGUCAGGGACAACGUAGUUUUUAUUUCGUCACGUUACGUGAUGCUAAAACCACCACGCGCUUAUCAAGUAAUGUUACUGAGUUUCUUUGAGUAUCGCGUAUGACGGCCGACCAGUACAACCUUCUCAAUAAUGGAAUGCUCAGACAAUAGCACAGCAGACUCCAUGUGCACGCCAGCCUAUGUUGAACUUGAAAGAGACAGUGAAAAUGAUUCUUCUACUCCACCUCCAAGUCCUUCGACAGAAACAGAACCUCAAGAACGUUUUUUUGAUCCAGAAUGUGAUCCUUUAAAACCAGUAAAAGUUAAAUUCAAAGACAUCUGCUCAGCUGCAUACAUUAUUAAAGGAGGAAUUAUAAAAACUCCCUGUAUGAAAUCCAACAUGUCCCCUACACUACAAUGUAACCUGUACUUCAAGAAAGAUUAUCUACAAUACACAGGAAGCUUUAAAGAAAGAGGUGCUCGAUACAUGUUGAUGAUGCUAUCACAGGAACAGAAGAAGAAUGGCGUUAUCACAGCAUCAGCAGGAAACCAUGCCCUUGCUCUGAGUUACCACGGACAACAGCUUCAUGUGCCUGUCACAGUUGUAAUGCCCAUUAUAGCUCCUAUAAUGAAAAUCAAGAUGUGUGAACAGUUUGGAGCUAAAAUCAGUAUCAUAGGAGCCAACAUAAGCGAGUCCAAAGACCACGCUAUGGAGAUGGCGAAAGAGAAGAACUUUGUUUACGUAAAUGGCUAUGACCAUCCUCACGUAAUAGCGGGACAGGGAACAAUGGGGCUAGAGAUUAUUGACCAGGUUCCAGAUGUUGACGCUGUUGUCGUUCCAGUAGGCGGCGGAGGCCUGAUUGCUGGGCUGGCUCUGGCCAUUAAGAAUCAGAAGCCCUCAGUUAAAAUAAUUGGCGUGGAGUCAGAGCGAUGUUCUAGUUUCUCAGCAGCCAUGAACGCGAAGCAUCCUGUGACUGUGAAGGCUCAGUCCACUCUGGCCGAUGGUCUGGCUGUUCCUAAGAUUGGUGUUAAUGCUUUUCAUACAGCUGCAUCUUUGGUGGACAAAGUAAUGGUUGUUAAAGAGUCUUUUAUUGCUCUAUCUAUUUUAAGACUAAUUGAAAUGGAUAAGGCAGUAGUUGAGGGCGCUGGAGCUUGUGGGUUGGCAGCCCUUAUUACAGGCCAGUUACCGGAACUGAUUGGUAAAACUGUUGUGGUGCCCUUAUGUGGAGGUAACAUCGAUACAACGGUUCUUGGGCGUUGCUUGGAAAGAGGUCUAGCGGUUGACGGUCGUUUAAUCAAGUUUACGGUAACUUUGAGCGACCGGCCAGGUGGAAUCUUUGAACUUACUCGACUGAUCUCGAGGAUAGGAGUAAGCAUCAAGGAUAUCAUGCAUGAGAGGGCUUGGCUGACCGGAGACAUUUUUUCGGUUGAAGUUAAAGUAGUAGCUGAGACACGUGACAGAGAACAUGCUUGUGAGUUGGAACAUAUACUUCGAAGUAACUAUAGCGACGUAAGUUUUGUUGCAUGUGGAGAAUUCCAAUAAGGACGAUCAACGAAUAAUCGAAGAUGGUGUAUAACAGGUAGCAAAAGUUAGAUUACUCAAAGAGUGGAGUCAUCUGGCUUACAUUACAACUUACGUUAAGAGCAAAUCUCUGAAAUAUAUUGAUGAGGUACUUUGUAUGGUUUUUCUUUUCAAUAAUAUAUAGGAUGAUUUUUCGUUUGGUA